CCGGAGCGGAGCUCAGGAGCCCUGGGGAGUCGCGAAGUUUGUCUGGAGCAGUAGUGGGAGUGGGCUUGUCGAGCAAGCACUUACUUGGGAUGAGGGCUGCUUUCUUGCCUGGCUUGUGGAUGCACAGUCCGAUUUAAACCCUGCACCUCGCGCUCGAGCCCAGCAGGCUUGUCCUCUCCCGGGAUUCACAGAUCUCCGAGGACACGGGUCGCGGAGCCCUCGGCAAAGCUCUUUUGGGUUCCUGGGCCAGUGCAUAAGUUCCACGCGCGCACACGCAAGCACACGCGGAGAAAGGUGUCUCACCGGCCCGCGGCGGCUCUGUGCGGUCCCCUCCUGCCUCAGCAUCCUCGGCCCCGAGCGGCGCCCACCGCCAUGGAGGUGCUGGAGAGCGGGGAGCAGAGCGUCCUGCAGUGGGACCGCAAGCUGAGCGAGCUGUCAGAGCCCGGAGAGACCGAGGCCCUGAUGUACCACACGCACUUCUCCGAACUUCUGGAUGAGUUUUCCCAGAACGUCUUGGGUCAGCUCCUGAAUGACCCUUUCCUCUCAGAGAAGAGUGUGUCCAUGGAGGUGGAGCCAUCUCCAACAUCACCAGCGCCUCUCAUCCAGGCUGAACACAGCUACUCCCUGAGCGAGGAGCCCCGGGCUCAGUCACCAUUUACCCACGUGGCUACCAGCGAAGGCUUCAAUGAUGAGGAGGCGGAGAGUGAGAAAUGGUACCUGUCUACAGAGUUUCCUUCAGCCACCAUCAAGACAGAGCCAAUCACAGAGGAGCAACCCCCAGGACUUGUUCCCUCUGUCACUCUGACCAUCACAGCCAUUUCCACUCCUUUUGAAAAUGAAGAGUCCCCUCUGGAUAUGAAUACUGGGGUGGACUCCUCGUGCCAGACACUUAUUCCUAAGAUUAAGUUAGAGCCUCAUGAAGUGGAUCAGUUCUUAAACUUCUCUCCUAAAGAAGCCUCUGUGGAUCAACUGCAUUUACCACCAACACCACCCAGCAGUCACAGCAGCGACUCUGAGGGCAGCCUGAGCCCCAACCCACGCCUGCAUCCCUUCAGCCUGUCUCAGGCCGCCAGCCCUGCCAGAGCCGUGCCCCGGGGCCCCUCUGCCUUGUCCACAUCUCCUCUCCUCACUGCUCCACAUAAGCUGCAGGGAUCUGGCCCACUGGUCCUGACAGAGGAAGAGAAGAGGACCUUGAUUGCUGAGGGCUACCCUAUUCCAACCAAACUUCCUCUGACAAAGUCUGAGGAGAAGGCCCUGAAGAAAAUCCGGAGAAAAAUCAAGAAUAAGAUUUCUGCUCAGGAAAGCAGGAGAAAGAAGAAAGAAUACAUGGACAGCCUGGAGAAAAAAGUAGAGUCUUGUUCAACUGAGAACUUGGAGCUUCGGAAGAAGGUAGAGGUGCUGGAGAACACCAACAGAACUCUCCUUCAGCAGCUUCAGAAGCUUCAGACUUUGGUGAUGGGGAAGGUCUCUCGAACCUGCAAGCUAGCUGGCACACAGACUGGCACCUGCCUCAUGGUCGUUGUGCUGUGCUUUGCCGUUGCAUUUGGCAGCUUUUUUCAAGGCUAUGGGCCUUAUCCUUCUGCCACCAAGAUGGCUCUGCCCAGCCAGCAUCGCCUGUCAGAGCCGUACACAGCCUCUGUGGUGAGAUCCAGAAACCUGCUAAUCUAUGAGGAACACUCUCCCCUGGAGGAGUCGUCCAGCCCGGCCUCAGCUGGGGAGCUUGGGGGCUGGGACAGAGGCUCCUCUCUGCUCAGGGCCUCCUCAGGCCUUGAGGCUCUGCCAGAGGUGGAUCUUCCCCAUUUCAUUCUCUCCAAUGAGACAAGCCUGGAGAAGUCUGUGCUGUUGGAGCUGCAGCAGCACCUGGUCGGCAGCAAACUUGAAGGGAAUGAAACGCUCAAAGUUGUGGAACUGGAGAGGAGAGUGAAUGCCACCUUCUAAGGAGCCAUUUCCACCCUCCUCUUCUCCUUACAUCAUCUUUGCAUCCCCAGACUGCCUUGCUCAUAAGUUUCUCCUUCACCGCUGGAUCUUGAGGAUGUGGACUAGUGUUAUUAUGGCUUAAUGGGAGGCCAGCCUGGGGGUUUCUGCUUGUAUGUCCCCGAGGCUCUAUGCAAAAGGGAGCUGGUGCCUCUCCAUCCCUUUCUCUUACUGCCAGAGGAAAUUAUUUUAGGGGUGUGGUAGGGGUGGGAUGAGCAGGCUUGUUUCCACCAAUAGUGCUAUGAUACUGCCUGGUUCUUCCCAGUGAGGUGUAACCCCUCUGAAGAAGACAUGACUUGUGUUCAGUUGACACCGCAGACUUUAGCCACAGAUAUGCCACAAACAUGUCGGGAGUGGCAAAGCACUGACUCCUGCCCUCUCUUGCUCACAAGGACUCCAGCAUGACCCUGCCUGUGCUGAGAGUACCAGAGCAUCAUUCCAGUCUCCUCUCUCCGUUCUGCACCCCAGAGUCCUUAUGGGAUGCCCUCACAGGCAGAUGGGACUCUCACCAUAUUUUCAGGCCGCAAGUGCAAUUUCUGAAGGCAUCAGGCUCUUCUCCUCCAGGCCAUCUUUCUCCUUGUGUUGCUUGUAGGAUACAUCCCUGCCCCUAUACACACACACACACACACACACACACACACACACACACAAAUACACAAAUACACACAGCCUGCAUCCCCAUGGGACAGUAGCUCUGUCUGUCUGGCCUCCCCUCCCCAUUUGUAAAUAGUAUUUAUUAGCUUGCUGCAGCUCCCAGCUGACCAUAGUAAAAAGAUUCCAUGACCCCUUCUGACAAGCAAAGUCUUCUGUUGGCCUUUGGAACAGGAGAGUCCCCAGGAUCUGGGACUCCUAGUCUUUCUAGUUGAUGCCUUGUUUUCUCCUUUUCUUUUCUUUUUAAAAUUGGAGAUCUAUAAAAUAAUUGCUGUCGGGAAAUCCCCUUAAGCAUGUGUCCCCUGUUGGAUGAAUACAUGGGGAAUGAUGGAACACUGUCGUCUUGGUCAGGCUCCAGGCUCUAUGGCCACUUGCUUUCUGCAUUCCUGUGACAGAGAUGGGAAACCUUGACCCUGACAGUAGGCAUUGCUGACAACCUUGCUAGCUUGUCCUGCAUACCUGACUGCCCUCCUCCCUUACCUCCCUCCUUCCCUUCUGCCCUCUCUCUACCUACCUUAACUAAGGGGGCUGGAGUUGGUGACAUUUGUGCAUCCACAGUCGUACCUUUCGCAGUCAGUUUUGGCUACUUUGCAGCUCACCCAAAGAGACACAACUAACCCCCAAACUCCUUUUAUUUUUUUUAUGAUUAAAAAGUAAAAUUUGUAGUUAAAAAAUCCUUUCCUCUUUCAUACAAAUAAGAAAUGGAAAUUAUGCUUUUAUUGUAUAAGAUAGAAGCCUCUUUUAAGUGUUCCCUCACCCCCCUAGCUUGUAAAACAUUUUAGGUAAGAAAUGUGCUUACACUUUGUAUUUUAUUUUUAGCAGCAGCUGAAGGGCCUUUAGUUUUUUGGCUUCUCACUCUCUCUCAUUUUCUCUUUAUCAUCACCAUCUUUGUGAUCAUUAGAGCCUGUAUAAAAGAGGCUAUGGCCAUACUGGCCUUUACAUUCUGUGCUAUAUGUAGGUAGGUCUUCAUGUCAUUAACGUUUGCUGUUUGGGCCCAUGAGCAGCUCCCUACUUGGUUUGCUCAGACCAUCAUAGGGAAUGACCAAGCUCAAGACCACCCUACUGCCUACAGGGCUGAUACUGUCCCCUACAGGCAAGGCUCGGGUACCUGGGCUGUACAGAGAGGCUGGCUAGUGACAGCCUCCUUUCUUUUGGUCUUCUCUCUUCCCUUAUUCUUUCUGGGCCUGGCCCAUCCCUUUUUUUUUUUAAUGCCAUAUGUUUAUGCAUAAUAAACAUUUAAAAACUGAUGCCUGUGGGAGCCUAGGAAGGGAAAAAAACUAGGAUGAAAUAGUGUUUGUGUGAUGAAAAAGAAAAACUUUGCACUGAAGAGCAGAAGUGGGGUUUUAGGCUGAUGUGUCCAUUUGGUGAACUGAACCUUGGUUUUUUGAUGUGCCUGGAGAGCUGGGGUGGAGGCCCCAUUUAUGGAUGAGGAGGGAGAAGGAACUGUCUAGUCAUGUCCUUAGUUCUCUGAGGACCUUAUUUUCUUUUCUCCCUACUCUUUUGGAUGUCAUUGUCUCCAGACAGCAGGGCCCUUUGUCUCUGGGAAAUUGGCCUUCCAGAAUAGAAUCUGUAACGAGAGACGUGGGACAUUAGCCAGAGAACUCAAACAGCCCUUUAAAGGAGCUCUGUGCAGCCAACACUGCCACUCUAUGAGAAAAACCUCUGCCCUCUGCUCCUGGCUCAGGGAGUGAAGGGGAUUAAGCAGUGAUCUUUCUGGGAUGCUCAGUGGACCCAGCAGAGUUGGAUGAGACAGGAUAGGUUACAAGUAAUUAAUGGUUGUGCACACACUUUCUGUUCAAGGUUUAGGGCUAGAAUAUCAGUUUUUCUCACCAACUGAGCUGUCCUGCAGACCAGUCAAUAACUUACGGUUGCCCCUGAAGGUUUUAAAUAGUGGCAGACCUUAGCACCUUGAACUGAAAUUGUGAAAAUGCCCAGCUGUUAGAGAAGCUUGCUAUGUUUCUCUGCCUUAUAGACAGGUGCCCCUUCACUUUAAAAUUACUUUAGAGAUGGAGGUAUCUUGCAAGGAUUUAGAGAACAAGUCCCUUUGUCCCUAGAUGAGACCCAGUUGCCCCCUCCUCCUGGAUCUUUUCACAGCUCCCAACUUCACACUGGGAAGUAGAUGCUGUAAAUGAGAAGAAUCAGCAGCAGCAUGGAGGAAGAGGCUUUGAAGUGUCAGGACUCUUGUGGAGUGUAGCUCGUACAAAGAGAGUGCUCUAUAAAAAUCUGACAGCUGAGCUCAGUUGCUCCUUCCUGGCAGAGGUGGGGGUGGAAUCUAACAUCAGUGCAGACAAAAUUAGAUAACCAUUCAGUUCAUAGGAAUGAUUUUGUGGAUUAGUAAAACAGCUUUGGGGGCCACAUUAUUUACAGACUAUACAUACUAGGUCAAUAGAUGCUCCCUUUUAAUCAUCAAUUCCACUUGGAUGCCCCACAGUGCCUAUGAAUAUUUUUUCUAUAUACAGCAUGGAUAUUGAACUACUUCUGUGUCCAUCAUUUCACCACAGGUGUUUUGUUAAAAUUCUUCCCACGCUUUAUGUCCCCUUUAUCCCAUCUUUUUUCUCAGACCCAGAAAAAAGCAGCAAAACAGAAUUUGAAGUAUCCCUGAGCCAGCUUCUGUGGAUAUACUUGCCUUGUUAGGUAUAUAUGUGAACCCCAUGGAGAAAUGGAGACAUCUUGUCCCUACUUGAGGAGUGGACAUCUGCCUGAUCCUUGCCAACAUGGAGGCAUGGAAAUGGGAGAAAAGGUGUUUAGUUGCUAAUUUGCUCCUGCUGAGCCAAGUGUUUGAGAAACCUGGAUGAGCACUUGGCACUCCUCUUGCAGCAGGACCUGUGGAGCCAUGAACAGUAGGGUCUUAGUGAGAACCACUUUAUUACAACACUUGUAACAGAAGCAGUUAGCAGAAGGGUGAUCUGGUAAGUUCUGCUCCCACCACCCAGAGGCAGUUACAGGAGAGAGUGGGGAAAGCAGUAAGGUGGGGGCUGGAAGGAACCAACAUGGACGGAUUCUAGCUCAUCCAUUCAUUCACUCCCUGGACUUUGCAGUUUUACUAAGGAAAAACAGGUUUCCUGAGACAUGUUGGGAAUGUUGGAAAAUAAGAGGGACUUGGAAAACCAGUUUGCCAGUCACCAUUCAGAAGACCCAAGUACUAAUGCACUCUCUUUCUCUCCUUUCUCCUCCCUCCCUCUUUCUCCCUUCCUUUCUCCUCCUACACACACACACACACACACACACACACACACACACAUACACAUUCCUCUUCUAGGUACUCAUGCCUCCAGUGUGCCUUAUAUCUGAACCCAGGAUGGCAGGAAUUUCCUGUCCCUGAAAGGUGUCAUGUAUUACUAUAUAGCAUUAGAUUGAAGUUGUGGGUGGGUGCUUUGUCCAUAGACUCAGAGAUGGUUCCUUAAAAGUGAACCAGUGUUAAAUUUGCCCAACAGAGGAAAAGAAAUGGGGUUAUAUCCAUUAGGAAAAUACCAUUUUGUAAAUAGAGGUGCAAUCACAUAAAACAAUGUGGCCAGCCAGGAUUAAAGGUAUUCUAAAUCCUCACCACAGAGCAUUUUCUGGAUGCAAAGGCACUAGCCCAUUUGAAAAUUAAUACUCUGUGCCUCUGGGCCAAUAGGUCAGCACAAUGCACUAGGGAGAAAAACAUUAACUGUUUGUGGCAGCAUAAAAUUCAGGACUGCCUUUGUCUCGGUUUCUAGAAGGAAGGUCGUAUUUCCUGAUUAUUUUUCUAAGAUGUUGAGUAUUGUGCUAGGUUAGCGUUGAGCCUUUGAACUUGACUGAAGUGGAAAGCAAGGGUGGCUCAUUGCCAUAAGAAGUAAAUGCUGGGUGGGGGGGCAAUAUGGUAGUGUCUGGAGUUGGUUCUGAAGACACACAGAUGAUCUUUGGCUCUCUGGGCAGAAUCAGCUCUAUCCACUGCAGCGGCCCCACUGUACAGUGCUCAGCUCUCUGAAAUGCCCUCUGCAUGCCUGUCUGGUGCCCUUCUUAUCCUAGCUCCUGAGGCUUCUGGGUGCAUCUGGGUGAAGGGAAUCCAGAUUCGGGCUCCAUUUCUCUGCUGUCUUUUGCUCAACAGCAGGAUGGGAAUGGUACUUUUGUACACGCAUGACCCGCACAGCUUAGGGACUCUACCUUUCAGAUGAAACAUAUUAGGAGUCUAUAGGAAGCACCAGCACUCAGGCACACUGUGGGUGGCUGACCCUCCCUAGCAGUGGAGAGCAGAGCCCAGAGGCUGAUGCAGGCAUCAAUGAGCUUUCCUUGCCUAGACUGGCAACUGACUUUUGCUCUCUUUGGAAAGACUCUAGAUAAAUCAGCGUUGUUUAAAUCCAGCUGACCUGUUGCACUGUUUUAUGGCUUAUCCUUCAUCUUAGCUAAUUAAAUACCAAAAAAUAAAAGAAAGUAAGCUUUGUAGUAUACUUGUACUUAGUUUGAAAAAAAUUGAAAUUGUAAUGCAUUUGUAUUUCCAUUUCUUGCAAAUAAAUAUUUUUCUUAGUCAAA